CUGCCCUUCCAGAUCGCACUCUCGCUCUUCGCUCCAUCUGCGCCGAUCGACCCCGCUGCCCAUCGAGACCAGCCCCCCUCCUGUCCCCGACCAGAUCCACUCACCGUCGAUCCCUGCAUCCAUGUCCGACGACGCCGCCUCCGACAGGCCAUCCAAGAAGAUCGUCCCGCCCGAGGAACACUCCUCGUCGUUUCUUGCCCAGGAAAUCCGUGCCUUUCUCUCGGGGAUCAUGUUCUUCACCCGCCUGCCCGUCCCUGAGUGGGUCGACCACAACAUGUACUGGCUCAGUCUCAGCACAGCGUACUUUCCUCUUAUCGGCGUCUUUGUUGCCCUCUUUGGUGCGUUCUGGUACAUCCUGUCGCUGAGUCUUUGGGAUGCCAACAUUGCUGCCUACUUUUACACACUCUCGACGGUCUGGCUGACGGGUGCUUUUCAUGAAGACGGACUGGCCGAUACCUUCGAUGGCUUUGGUGGUGGCUGGGGCCGCACCCAGAUCCUCACCAUCAUGCGCGACUCCCGGCUGGGCACCUACGGAGCAAUCGGUCUGCUCCUCGUUGUGUCCCUGAAACUCUCGGCCUUGGCCCGGUUCGCUGCCCUGGCGCCCUUCUCGAUCUCGGGCAUGACGGGCAUCUUUGUGACCGCGCACGUCAUGGGUCGCUGGAGCUGCACCUAUCUCCUCUGGGCCUAUCCCUACGUGGAAAACGUCAGCGCCAAGGGCAAAGAGUUCAGCCUCAAGGUCACCAUCCCGCGGCUGGUCUUUACGACGCUCACCACGAUCGUGUUUGUCGGCAUCUCGCUUGCCUGGGAUGUCGAGAAGAUGGCCAUCAUCUGGGCCGUCUCGAUCGUCACGACCCUGGUCAUGGGUGCCUACAUUGACUCGGUCAUUGGUGGCGUCAUUGGAGACUGCUUGGGGGCUACCAACCAGGUCGUCGAGCUGGCGAGCUAUCUGGCCCUGAGUGCGGACUGGGCCAAGCUUCUGCAGUACAUGUACUGAGAUGUGUUUGUCUGUGCGUUUGGUCUGGACGAUUACAACGUACCCUUUUUUUGAAAUGGGGCGCCCUGAUUUGAGUCGGAACUGUCCUCGCUUCCUGGUCCUGAAUACACACACACACUGCCAACGACCAAA